CAAUUUCUCAUGCAGGUGUCGGUGCUGCUUGGACGGGCGGGAUGUGGGCGGACAAAACCUUCCUAUCUCUCGGUGCAGUGCAGGAGGAUGCAUUUGCUUUGAAGGAUGCCAGCUGUCAUUCAUGUUUGACUGCAGGUAUGAACAUCAUAUCUUCCAAUUGAAUUAACUGGUGAAGGCUGUUUGGACCUGUGGGACUGCUGUGAGGUUGGGAGGGGCGCUUGGAGUGGAGGUGGAAACCUCCUUAAUUAAACUACAGUCUCUCUUUUUUUUUUGCAAACUUAACUUGGAGGACUGAGGAAUUUUGUUUUGCACCUUUGGCAGUAUGGGUGCAAUUUGUUUGAAAUAGCCUCAGACAUGCACAGCUCUUGAGGUAUCUUUUUUUUUCUUCCUCUUGGUCUCAUUGCACAAGGUCUUGCUGAAGACACAGCAGAGGUUACUCAGUGAAAAUACCGGAUAAGACAAGGAUACGUCCAUGAAAAUACGCAAUAAGCAUGCUGGGGUUGCCUGAAAGUUUAGGUAUUGAGAUUUUGGAAGGGCUGAAACCUCAACGGUAUUCGAUCAAAGCGCUGAACAAUUUUAUUUUGGGUGCUUCAAAAUGAUUUUCCAAUGAAUUAAAGAGUGCUGGGCUGCAGAGAGUGAGCCUUGUAGUGCGUCAAAACAAAUGGGAUCACUCGGUGGAGUGAAAAUACAGGAUAAGACAAGGAUAUGUCCAUGGAAAUACACAACAGGGAUGCUGGAGUUGCCUGAAAGUUUAGGUUUUAAGAUUUUGGAAGGGCCAAAACCUCAACUGUAUUCAACCAAAGCGCUGAACAAUCCUAUUUUGUUGUCCUUCAAUAUGAUUUCCCAAUGAAUAAAAGAGUGCUGGUCUGCAGAGAGUGCGUCAAAAGAAAUGGGAUCACGCAGGAAUGCAGGGACUGACGUCAAAGUGGGCCAAUGGACUAGUCCAAAAUCUUAGGAAAGUCAGGUGGAGUUUCCAAAGGCUAAAGAGAAAGUGACCCUCAGAAGUAUUUGCCUUUACAUAUAAGAGCUUUUUUGACGUUCACUGCUGUGAAUCCGCAGCUCUGCUUUGGAUUUUGCGCGCAGCAACAUGGCCUCCCCGCAACGUCAACAACUACUGCCUCACAACACAGAGGUGAGCUGUGACUCAAGUGGCGAAGGGGGCGUCUCUGUGAGGAUUGGCAGUAGCGUCAAACACAAACACGGAGGUGGACCCCUGGGCUCCAUUGGCGGAGCCUUCAUGGCGGGAUCCAAGCACUGCAAGUACAGCAUUUCCUCCAGCUGUAGCUCCGGGGAGUCCGGACUCAAGAAAACGUUUGUCAAGAGCUUCCGUUCGCAAAAGAGGGUGCCUCAACUUUUCGAGAGGUCCGCCGGUCACUUCUGGGACCCAAAGUUUGAUUCGUCCAUCUUGGAAGAAGCGUGCCGGGAACGAUGUUUUCCUCAAACUCAACGCCGUUUCCGCUAUGUGCUUUUUUACCUGGCGACUACGGCCCUCCUCUGGGGAUUUUACUUUGCUGCCAACCCGUCCCGCUGCAGCAGGAUAGCCUUUCUUAUUCCAACUGUGUCCUUUCUCUUUUUCUGCCUCCUCCUCUUCCUGCUAACGUUUACUAAGUUCUACUCUCGCUGCUACAAUCAAGUCUCCCUGUUGCUCAUUAUCGUAACCUUCAUGCUGACCCUGGCACCUCAGAUUCAGACGUCCGGUUUCAGAGAUCCAGAGACUCUCAUUGAUGUAUUAGACGUUGGUGACUUCAGUGGGACUGCAAACAACUUAUCCUACUUAAAGAUUGUAGGGGAUAGCGCUUGGCCUGUCUGUAUCUCCCCUGUUGGCACCUUCUCACUCAGUAUUGAAGUCCUCCUGUUGCUCUACAGCGUCCUUCAUGUCCGUCUGUUUGCGUCAGUCCUACUCGGGUUCCUCUAUUCAGUCUGUUUUGAGAUCCUGGGCUGCUUCCACGUAACCCAGGCAGUUGGAAGUUUGAGCUUAACCCCCGUGAAAGACUGGACUACCCUUCGCUGGUUGGGACCGGCCAAAGCCUUGCUCCACCUCUGCGCACACGCCAUCGGUAUUCACCUCUUCAUCAUGUCUGAGGUGCGAUCACGCAGCACUUUCUUGAAAGUGGGACAAGCUAUCAUGCAUGGCAAGGACCUGGAGGUGGAGAAAGCCUUGAAAGAGCGAAUGAUCCACUCCGUCAUGCCCCGGAUCGUGGCCGAUGAUCUGAUGAAGCAAGGUGAUGACGACAUCGGGGAUAGUUCCGUGAAGCGAUACUCCACGAGCGGAGCGGCCGCCGUCAUCUCCAGCCCCAAGAAUAAUAAAAGCAAGAAGACCUCCAUCCCUCGAGGUCAGAUCAUCUUCAGACCCUUCAACAUGAAACGGAUGGAGCCCGUCAGCAUCCUCUUUGCGGAUAUUGUAGGUUUUACAAAAAUGUCCGCCAACAAAUCUGCUCACGCCCUAGUAGGCCUUCUUAACGACUUGUUCGGACGUUUUGACCGGCUGUGUGAGCUGACCGGCUGUGAGAAGAUCAGCACCCUAGGGGACUGCUACUACUGUGUGGCUGGAUGCCCCGAACCCAGGCCUGAUCACGCCUACUGCUGCGUGGAGAUGGGCCUGGGUAUGAUCCAGGCUAUUGAACAGUUCUGCCAAGAGAAGAGGGAGAUGGUUAACAUGAGGGUGGGCGUCCACACCGGCACCAUCCUGUGCGGCAUCCUCGGCAUGAAACGCUUCAAGUUUGACGUCUGGUCCAACGACGUCAACUUGGCCAACCUGAUGGAGCAGCUCGGUGUAGCCGGGAAGGUCCACCUCUCGCAGGCCACCGCCAACUUUCUCGAGGACCGCUAUCAACAUGAAGAUGCACAGGUCAUUGAGAGGAUAGGACAAAGUGUGGUGGUGGAUCAGCUCAAAGGGCUCAGAACCUACCUCAUUUCUGUAAGGAAACCGGAGAAGCUCCCUCAAUGUAGCUGCUCCCAGUUGGCCUUGUCCGGCUCUGAGCACACGAAUGGCAAGUGUUGCACGCAGAGAGCCCACACCCCCGAUGGAGCGCCUUCCGCCUUCAGCGUUCCCCCAGAUAGGAGCAAGCCGACGUGUCCAUCCUGCAGUGUCAUCCUAAAAUCAGGGGAUGAUCAGGUUGUGGAAGAAGGCGAAGUGAACCAUCGCUGCCAUGAAGACAACAAGACAAGUAAUGCUAAGGACUCUUCUGGUCUGAAGUGUUCCCCGGUGGUCCCUGCCGCCCGCGGCCCAAAGGCCCAGAACGGUCUGCUGAGUCCCAGACUGGAACCUCUGAACAACAGCCAAACGUCGCUGUGCGAGAUGCUGCAGGAGAAGGAGAAGAAGACGUGGGCGGGAGGAGCUAUGGGCAUGGAUCACUCUGCCCUCAUCCCUCUACGCUCUAAAAACUUCCGAGAGCGAAGCGAUGCCCACUUUGUGGACGUCAUUAAAGAGGACAGCCUUAUGAAGGACUAUUUCUACAGACCGCCCAUUAACAAGCUGGGCCUCACCUUCUUGGAUAAGAGCCUGGAGUCCACCUACCAAAUAAGCUUCCAGGAGGAGGUAGAGGCCAAAGCAGCAGUGCAGACGUUUGCCAGCCCGAUGUUCAGUUCCUUCCUGGACAUGCUGCUGUGUUCUUCAGUGUUUCUGGCUUUGUCACUGGCCUGUUUUCUUCGCCCCAUCGUCGCCCAGUUUAGCCCACCCGCACCAGCUCUCAUUCUGACCACUGUGGCCGCCUUGCUGGAGGCUCUGGCUCUUUUUUUUGCAAUACGUAUGGCGUUCUACUUGGACAGUGCUCUGAACUGCACACGGACUCUGAUGAAAGCGGUCUCGGGCUGGAUACCACGUCACCUAAUAGGUGCCGUCAUGGUGUCCCUGCCUGCUCUGACCGUCUUCUCUCAUGUCACCUGUGACAUGGAUCACUCCAUUCAGUUCACCAUGUUCAUCUGCUGCGCGGUCAUCAUAGCCAUCAUUCAGUUCUGUAACUCCUGCCAGCUCAGCUACUGGAUGCGUUCGAGUUUCGCAACUUUAGUAGGAUUGGCGCUUCUUUCACUGCUCUUCACGCCUCUCUGCAGGUCAGACAACCAGAGCAACCGCAGCAGCUCAGUCCUCAUAUCGGACAGCCAGACUGAGCCGCACCCCAAAGACCUGCUGGCCCCCGAGGCCUGCGUGGCCUUCUUCCUGCUCCUUCUCCUCGUCUGGUUCCUCAACCGGGAAUUUGAGGUGAGUUACCGCCUCCAUUACCGCGGCAACGUAGAGGCCGACCAACACCGCAUCAAGAUCCAGAACAUGCGGGACCAGGCCGACUGGCUGCUUCGCAACAUCAUCCCCAUCCACGUGGCCGAACAGCUGAAGGUCACCCAGAGCUACUCCAAGAACCACGACAACGUGGGCGUCAUAUUCGCCAGCAUCGUGAACUUCAGCGAGUUUUAUGAAGAAAGCUACGAGGGAGGCAAGGAGUGCUAUCGGGUCCUCAACGAGCUCAUCGGCGACUUCGAUGAGCUUCUGCGGAAGCCCGUCUUCGGCAAUAUUGAAAAGAUCAAGACCAUCGGCGCCACGUACAUGGCGGCGGCGGGGCUGAACGCCCAACAGUGCGCGGACGCCACCCACCCUCACACGCACCUCCGCGCCCUCUUCGAGUUCGCCCUGGAGAUGAUGCGCGUGGUGGACGACUUCAACAAGAACAUGCUGGGCUUCGGCUUCAAGCUGCGCAUCGGAUUCAACCACGGCCCGCUCACCGCCGGCGUGAUCGGAACCACGAAGCUCCUCUACGACAUCUGGGGCGACACGGUCAACAUCGCCAGCCGCAUGGACACGACCGGCGUGGAGUGCCGCGUCCAGGUGAGCGAGGAGAGUUACUGCGUCCUCAACGCCAUGGAUUACGAGUUCGACUACCGCGGCACUGUUAACGUGAAAGGCAAAGGUCAGAUGAAGACGUUUCUCUACCCCAAAUGUGGCGACAAUGGUCCCGUGCCUCAGUACCAGCUCUCGGUCUCGCCGGAGAUAAGGGCGCAGGUCGACGGCAGCAUCGGGCGCUCGCCCACCGAUGAAAUCGCCAGCAUGGUUCCCGCAAGCGGCGCGGCUGCAUGCAGCGCCAUGGUCCCGAGCGCCAGUGCUGGCUCCUCUAUCAGGGCAGGGUUUCAGCGUCACCCCUCCACGCGGACAUGUCCCGCCAGGCGAUCCGUGUCGCACAGCGGCCUCACGUCCAUACACGCCACAAACCAGGAGGGGCCGCCCCGCUUCACCAAUAAGAACCAGCUUGCCGUCUCAUUGGCGGUGAAGCCUCCCCAAAAUGUGACGAGCAGCAUCCAAGAAGGACAGAGUCAAUAUGGUCCUAAGUGACUUUGAAGGGGCAGCACGGUGGAACAUGGGUUAGUGCAGGGGUCACCAAAGCGGUGCCCGCGGGCACCAGGUAGCCCGUAAGGACCAGAUAAGUCACCCGCUGGCCUGUUCUAAAAAUAGCUCAAAUAGCAGCACUUACCAGUGAGCUGCCUCUAUUUUUUAAAUUGUAUUUAUUUACUAGCAAGCUGGUCUCGCUUUGCUCGACAUUUUUAAUUCUAAGAGAGACAAAGCUCAAAUAGAAUUUGAAAAUCAAAGAAAAAAAUUUAAAGACUUGGUCUUCACUUGUUUAGAUGAAUUCAUUUAUUUUUUUACUUUGCUUCUAAUAAAUUUCAGAAAGACAAUUUUAGAGAAAAAAUACAACCUUAAAAAUGAUUUUAGGAUUUUUAAACACAUACUUUUUACCUUUUAAAUUCCUUCCUCCUCUUUCCUGACAAUUUAAUUCAAUGUUCAAGUAUUUUUUUUUAUUGUAAAAAAUAAUACAUUUUAAUUUAUUUCUUCAUUUUAGCUUCUGGCCCUGCGAUGAGGUAGCGACUUGUCCAGGGUGUACACCGCCUUCCGCCCGAUUGUAGCAGAGAUAGGCGCCAGCGCCCCCCGCAACCGCUAAAGGAAAUAAGCGGUAGAAAAUGGAUGGAUGGAUGGAUUUUAGCUUCUGUUUUUUCGACACAGAAUAUUUGUGAAAUAAUUCUUCAAACUUAUUAUUAUUAAAUUCAAAUAAAAUAUUCUGGCAAAUCUACAAAAUCGGUAGAAUCAAAUUUAAAUCUUAUUUCAAAGCCUUGAAUUUCUUUAAAAAAAAAAUUCUGGGAAAUCUAGAAGAAAUAAUGAUUUUUCUUUGUUAGACGUAUAGCUUGGUCCAAUUUUUUAUAUAUUCUAACAAAGUGCAGAUUAGAUUUUAACCUAUUUAAAACAUGUCGUCAAAAUUCAAAAAUUAAUCUUAAUCAGGAAAAAUUACUAAUGAUGUUCCAUAAAUUAUUUUUUUUAUUUUUUCAAAAAGAUUCAAAUUUUUUUCGGUUGAAUUUAGAAUUUUAAAAAGUCUAAAAUUAAUAAUAAACUAUGUUUCAAAAUUUUAUUUUUUAUUUUUUUCGUGUUUUCUCCUAUUUUAAAUUGUUCAAUUAAGUGGUUUUUUCAUCAUUUAUUCUCUACAAAAAAACUUUCCGUGGAAGGAAAAAAAAUGUACGACGGAAUGACAGACAGAAAUACCCAUUUUUUUUUAUAUAUAUAUAGAUUUAUUUAUUAAAGGUAAAUUGAGCAAAUUGGCUAUUUCUGGCAGUUUAUUUAAGUGUGUAUCAAACUGGUAGCCCUUCCCAUUAAUCAGUACCUAAGAAGUAGCUCUUGGUUUCAAAAAGGUUGGUGACCCCUGGGUUAGUGCAUGUGCCUCACAAUAUGAAGGUCCUGAGUUCAAUCCCAAGUUCUCCCCGUGACUGCGUGGGUUCCCUCCGGGUACUCCGGCUUCCUCCCACCUCUAAAAACAUGCACCUGGGGAUAGGUUGAUUGGCAACACUAAAUUGUGUGAAUGUGAAUGUGAAUUUUGUCUGUCUAUCUGUGUUGGCUCUGCGAUGAGGUGGCGACUUGUCCAGGGUGUACCCCACCCUCCGCCCGAAUGCAGCUGAGACAGGCUCCAGCACUCCCCACCACCCCAAAAGGUACAAGCCGUACAAAAUGGAUGGACAUGGAUGGGUGACUUUAAAGAUUUUUAUCAUACAAGCUUUCUAGUACUGUGCAAAAGGCCAGAUAGACCACAAAAAGGCAGAAGAAAGAGAGCGACCCCAUCGUCUCCCGCUGACCUACUUGAUUAUCUCUACCUUUAAUCAUUCUUUAGAAGUGCCUUUAGAGUAGAACACCGUCUAGACUCCUGCCUUUUCCGAAACACUUAAAAAGGGAACUGCUUUUUGGGGGCUUUACAUUUUUUUUUUCAACCAUUUUUGCUUACCUUUGCCUUUCUGUGAACAAACAGACCUGCCAUUGCUGGAAGCGCUACAUCGCCACGGUUCUCGUGUAAGUACAAUCUGCACUUAAAUUCAGCUUGUUGAUGGAGAAAAGCGCCAAAGCUGUUUGUAAAAGCGAUGGAGGAGGCGGAGCUACAUGCUUAAUAAUGUGUGAUUGCAUGGGUAUUUGUGUCCGUCUUAGGCAAUACCAGCAGUAAUGGAAAUCAAUGUCAAGGAGUCAAUUAACAUAAAAAGAGACUGGAUUGUGUUUUUAGUCACUUUGGGACUGAGAAAGCUACUCUCAGCUAACUUUAGCAUGCUUGAAACUACACUAUCCUAACCGUUUGUCGUCUGUGUAAUCUAUUUGAUCAGGAACUUGAGGCUACGUUUGGAGUAGCAUCAUUUAGAUCAGUGUUUUUCAACCGUGUGCAAUAGUGUGCCGUGAAAUACAGUCUGGUGUGUUUUGGGAGAUUAUGUUCAAACCCCGUUUCCAUAUGAGUUGGGAUAUUGUGUUAGAUGUAAAUAUAAAUGGAAUACAAUGAUUUGCAAAUCAUUUUCAACCCAUAUUCAGUUGAAUUUGCUACAAAGACAACAUAUUUGAUGUUCAAACUGAUAAACAUUUUUUUUGUUGCAAAUAAUCAUUAACUUUAGAAUUUGAUGCCAGCAAAACGUGACAAAGAAGUUGGGAAAGGUGGCAAUAAAUAAUGAUAAAGUUAAGAAAUGCUCAUCAAACAGUUAUUUAGAACAUCCCACAGGUGUGCAGGCUAAUUGGGAACAAUGCCAAGCCACAUGUUACAACAGCGUGGCUUCGUAGUAAAAGAGUGCGGGUACUUUCCUGGCCCACCUGCAGUCCAGUCCUGUCUCCCAUCGAAAGUGUGUGGCGCAAUGUGAAGCGUAAAAUACUGGUGAACGACUGAAGCUCUACAUAAAACAAGAAUGGGAAAGAAUUCCACUUUCAAAGCUUCAACAAUUACUUUCCUUGGUUACCAAACGUUUAUUGAGUGUUGUUAAAAGAAAAGGUGAUGUAACACAGUGGUGAACAUGCCCUUUCCCAACUACUUUGGCACGUGUUGCAGCCAUGAAAUUGUAAGUUAGUUAUUAUUUGCAAAAAAAAAAUAAGUUUAUGAGUUUGAACAUCAAAUAUGUUGUCUUUGUAGUGCAUUCAAUUGAAUAUGGGUUGAAAAGGAUUUGCAAAUCAUUGUAUUCCGUUUAUAUUUACAUCUAACACAAUUUCCCAACUCAUAUGGAAAUGGGGUUUGUAAUUACACUUAAUUGGGUUAAAAAUAUUUUUUUGCAAACCAGUAAUUAUAAUCCGCAAAUGUGCCGUUGUUGAGUGUCUAUGCUGUCUAGAGCGUGGCAGAGUACCCGUGUAAUACUCUUCCAUAUCAGUAGGGGGCAGCUAUUAGCUAAUUGCUUUGUAGAUGUCGGGAACAUGGUCUGUCGUGAUCACAAUAUGCGGGAUGCAGCGUGCAGGUAAUAUGGUAUCUAACGCUUAAACCAAAAAUAAACAAAAGGCAAGUGCCGCUAAGAAAAGGGAUUGAAGCUUAGGGAUGGCUACGCAAAACGAAACUAAAACUGAACUGGCUGCAAAGUAAACAAAAACAGAAUGCUGGACGACAGCAAAGACUUACAGCGCGUGGAGCAGACGGCGUCCACAAAGAAUAUCCGUACAUGACAUGACAAUCAACAAUGUCCCCACAAAGAAGGAUAGCGUCCGCACAACUUAAAUAGUUUUGAUUGCGAAAACAAAGCAAGGUGCGGGGAAUAGCGUUCAAGGAAGACAUGAAACUGCAACAAGAACAUACCAACAAAACAGGAAAAGCCAACAAAAUAGCAGCGCAAAACAAGAACUAAAACACUACAGACAGGAAAACACCAAAAAACUCCAAAAAAGUCACGGCGUGAUGCGAGAGGUUGUGACUUUAGACCAGGGGUGCCCAUUUCGUCGAUGGCGAGCUACCAGUCGACCGCGGGGGGUGUGUCAGUCGAUCUCCAGCCAGGCUUUUAAAAAAAAUAGACCUAAAAAUUAGUGAUCAUCAAUCUUCACCAAGACGUCACUUAAAUGACAUUCACGGUACCGGAGGGUCUUGUGAGAUGACGCUGGCUGCUGCAAGAUCAUUAUUAUGAAAAUA